UGACUCGUUCACAUCGAUCCGGAUGGCGACCUGGAGAUGGGCAGGGGGAGCGGUGGCGGCAGCUCGAUGGAAGGCGUUGGCGGCAGCUCGAGGGGAAGCGAUAUCGGGGGCUUCAGGGGAAGUGGCAGCGACGUCGUGUCGGCAGGGGCGCCGGGGUCGGCGAAGACCCUCCAGGCGCUGCAGAAGUCAAUAGACCGCAACCGCACGAAGAGCUACGAGAAGUGGCCGGCGAGCCUCCUGAGAGAGGCGUGCUCGUUGAGGAGAAUCAUGGGCUUCUCGAAGGAGAAGGACACGGACAAAAUGGCUAGAAGGUUGACGCAAGUCGACCGCGUCAUGGAGAGGAGCAGCCCUUUCUUCGCGGAUCUGGACGACAAGGCCGCAGGUGAUUGA